GGCAAAGAGGCUCGACCACUUGUCGGCUCAGUUCACUCAGAGAGAAACAACACUGAUGAGUCUAAAGAGGUUAACAUUUGUUGUGGAUACAUUCAGGCUCAGAGAGAGGCUUUACUAGAAAAAAAAAACGUGGGAAAAAUCUGCUCCUGGACUCCUUUGUAUGGAUUCCUACCCCGCUUUUGGCCAGUUGAGUGCUGACUUGUCAUUCCAGCGGUACAACACUGCACAGAGCUGCGAUUUUAUUUAAGCCACAGGCUGAUCUCUAUCCACCAAUCCUGAGAUCAGUGCAGCAGCUGAGCACCGUUAAGCACCUACAACAAACUCCAAAGCAACUUCUCUCACCUCUUUGCUACUGAAGAAAUGUCUCAGCGACACAAAACCAUCCUCCUUUGUGUCUUCACUUUCUCCAUAACAUCACUGGUGCUGGGUCUGGAGGUGAAUCAGACGGAUGAUGAGUGUGCUGAUCUGAACAACACCACCUGGCAGGAGUAUCGUCAACGCAGACUCAAACUGCAGGUUCAGUAUCUGCUGCUGACCAGGAGAAACCUGGACUGUGCACAAGCAUUUAAUCAGGAGUCUCUCACUGAAACGCAGCAGCCGUCUUACUUCAACAUCUCCAGACCCACCAAGGUCAUCAUCCAUGGCUACAGAGCUAUGGGCAGUAAGCCGUCCUGGGUGAAGGAGCUGGCUCUGGCCCUGCUCAGGGCUCAGGAUGUGAAUGUGGUGGUGGUGGACUGGAUCUACGGCGCCUCCUUUGCCUACAACCUGGUGGUGGAGAACUACAAGGAGGUGGCUGUGCAGAUCUCAGUGCUCAUCAACCAGCUGCAGAAACAUGGAUGUAAACUGGAGUCCUUCCACUUCAUCGGGGUCAGUCUGGGAGCUCACGUCGCUGGUUUUGUUGGGACUCUGUUUGAAGGGAAGAUUGGAAGAAUCACAGGUCUGGACCCAGCUGGUCCCAUGUUUAAAGGAGCUGAUACCUAUGACCGUCUGGACCCCUCUGAUGCUCUGUUUGUCGAUGCCAUCCACACAGACUCUGACUAUUUUGGCAUCUCCAUCCCUGUUGGUCAUGUGGACUUCUUCCUGAACGGAGGAAAGGAUCAGACUGGAUGUGCUCGCUCCAGGUUUGCUUCAAUUCUUGUCUACUUUCCAGUGUACGGCUAUGUGAUCUGUGACCACAUGAGGGCACUGCACGUCUACAUGAGUGCAAUGAACGGCACAUGUCCACUGAUUGGGAUCCCAUGCUUCAGCUAUGAAGACUUCCUGAAGGGAAACUGUGUCGACUGUGAUGUAUUCAAGGGCACAUGUCCAGCUAUAGGUUUAUCAGAAAACAAUGGGAUAACAAUAUCUCCACUUCCCAGAGAGCAGAAGCUGUUCCUCCUCACAUCGUCUUCACCGCCUUUCUGCGCUCAUCACAUCCUGCUAGAGCUGGAGGUUUCUCCGCUGGAUAAGAGCGCUGAGGUGGAGGUGACACUGAGGACGGAGAGCUUGGGGAAAGAUCAGAGACUCAGACUUCAGACGGACACGACAGUGUACAGGACAGUGUUGACUCACCCUCUGCCUCUGUGUGAGAUCCAAACCAUCGAGAUGAAGAACACCGGAAGUCGUUUCUACAGACAGGGAGACAUCCACAUCAAGUCUGUGUGCGUCUCAAAGAUUCCCGCUAACAGACAUGACGUGCCGCUAUGUGUGAAGAACUUUAAUGUCAGACGAGGAUCUCCGUGGUUUCAUGACUUUGUGCAGUUGUGCGACUACUAAAGGAAGCCUGCAGAGAAAAACAUCAAGUGCAUCUACAGUGAAGUCACCAACAUGAAGCCAGUGUUUAACACGCUGUUUAAUGUAAACACAGAUGAUCAGAGAUUAUAAUCUCAACCAGUGGAACCAAAGAAAUACAUUUUAUUUUGAAGAUGAAGGAAGUCUAUCACCCUGCCACUAAAUGACAAAAUGUAGUCCAGUUACUCUUAUUUUUAAGUUAUUUAUCUAACCAACUGACCUUUAACAUGAAACAUGAGUAGGAUGAUGUGUUUAUAGAGCCUUUUUUAGUUCUUUUAUCAAGAGUCAAGUCCUUUGUUAUUCUUGUUCAACAGUUUUUUUUUCUAUAAUCUAGUUUUAGGAUGUCUUAGUUGUGUUUUAUGUUUUUGUUAUUUGGUGCUGCUGAAUGCUGCAAAAAUUGGUUUGUUCAGGGCAAUGCAAUAAAAUAGCUGUCUGUU